AAAAUAAAGCGAGAGAGUAAAAUAUUACUACAAACCAAAUACUAAAAUAAAAUAAAAUAAAAACAAAAAUAAAAACACCACAGAUUAGAAGAGAAACACCACAACACAACACAACACAACACAACGUUUGUAUUGUAAGAUUUGUGUUUGUGGCAACAAUCAAGCAGCUCAGAAAUCACAACCACCUAUUUCUUCGCUCUGUUUUUACACUCUUUCUUUUCUAUUUCUUUCCCUUUUCUUUUCCCUAAAUUCUAGGGUUUUGUUCUUCCCCUUCUUUUUCUCCCUCAAUUCCAUUCUUUCUUCUCUUUUCUUAAUUAACAAACUAAUUAACCGUUUCAACACAUUCACAUUCAUCUAUAAAAGAUCUGUUUUUUCUCAGUUUUUUUCCCUUUCUUUUGAUUUUCCCCCUUUUGAUUUUUCUGUUAUAAUUCAUCUAAAUUUUUGAUUUUUUUCGUUAGACAAGCUCAGUCUAGAACAGAUUUAAGCUCAAAUUUAUCAAAAUUUCAUUCUUUUUGAUGAUUAUGAAAAAGGGGUUUUUCAUGUGGGUUAUCAAAAUAUGAUUUUUUUUUUUUUUUUAUUUAUCUAUUUUGCUGUUGAAUUUUGAAUCUCACCCUUUAUUUGAUCAAAUCUUGUUAUACCCUUUUUGUUAUUGAUAAAAAAAUCUGAUUUUUUCACCUAAUCUCAAUUACCCAGGUCCUCAAAAUGGACCAUUUCAUUGUUUUAGAUUAGUGAGAUUAUUUCUCAUUUGACAAGGUCCUAGCUGUUUUUUCAAUUCAAAUUUGUCUCAAUACAUUAACCCCUUUGUGGCCUUAUCUUUCUUAAGGUGAAGAAAAAUGUAUGGAACCAAAAGCAAAAUUGACCUUGCCUUUGAAUACCAAUCUCAAAUACCAGUUUUGAGGCCUAGUAUUCAUUCUAGAAGAGCAAAUCUGACUGUAAAAUUCCAAGACCUUUAUGGAUUUACGGUCGAAGGGAAUGUGGAUGAUGUGAAUGUGUUGAAUGAUGUAAGGGAAAAGGUGAGACAACAGGGUAGAGUUUGGUGGGCAUUGGAGGCUAGCAAAGGUGCUAAUUGGUAUCUUCAUACCACUAUAGGACAAGGAAGUGCCCUUACAUCUUCGUUGAAAUUUUCGGCAUUGGCAAAUGCUAUUACUUUGAAGAAGUUAAUAAAGAAAGGGAUACCACCUGUUCUUAGGCCUAAGGUUUGGUUUUCAUUGUCCGGUGCUGCGAAGAAAAAGUCCACGGUUCCUGAUAGUUAUUAUGAUGAUUUGACAAAAGCUGUGGAAGGGAAGGUUACUCCUGCUACUCGACAGAUCGAUCAUGACCUACCUCGAACAUUCCCUGGUCACCCGUGGCUGGACACUCCUGAGGGUCAUGCUGCUCUUAGGCGUGUUCUUGUUGCUUAUUCUUUCCGUGAUUCUGAUGUUGGUUAUUGUCAGGGUUUAAAUUAUGUUGCAGCACUGUUGUUGCUGGUCAUGAAAACCGAAGAAGAUGCAUUUUGGAUGCUUGCUGUCUUGUUGGAAAAUGUCCUGGUUAACGACUGUUACACAAAUAACUUAUCAGGAUGCCAUGUUGAACAACGAGUGUUUAAAGAUUUACUUGCUAAAAAGUGCCCAAGGAUUGCUACUCAUUUGGAAGUUUUGGAAUUUGAUGUUUCCCUUGUUACUACCGAGUGGUUCCUUUGCCUGUUUUCAAAGAGCUUGCCUUCCGAGACAACGCUACGAGUAUGGGAUGUUAUUUUCUAUGAGGGAGCUAAGGUUAUCUUUAAUGUCGCCUUGGCAAUUUUUAAGAUGAAGGAAGAUCAGUUACUUCUAACUCAUCAUGUCGGGGAAGUUAUCAAUGUCCUGCAGAUGACCACUCAUCACCUAUUCGAUCCAGAUGAUUUACUAACCGUGGCAUUUGAUCAGAUAGGUUCGAUGACAACAAAUACAAUAUCGAAACAAAGGAAGAAACAGGAACCUGAAGUCAUGAAGGAACUUGAUCAAAGGAUAAGAAAGCUAAAUUCCCUUAAAGUGGAUAACAAAUAAUAGCCCUUUGAUUUAUAUUUCUUUUAUUUUUUUGUUUCUUUUGAGACAUUGAAAUGUCUAGUUUACUUUGAAAUGUUUCGGAACCACCGUCUUCCUAAGUACGAUAUACUUUGAUGACGAACCGAACGUUGAAUUUAUGGUAUCCUUUAUAUCCUCCUCCUUAGGGCAUGAUAUGAGCCCUGGUGUUUUUCAGGAUGUUUGUAGGUGAUAUAUAUAAGUGUAAAUUUGAAUAUGGAAACAAACAUUAUUAACUAUUAUUAAUUAAUUAAUUAA